AUGGGAAGGGGGGUUAAGGGGGUAUUGGUUGUUGGGUUGAUGUAUAUGGGGGGGUGUUGUGGGUUUGGGAGGUGUUGGGGGGGGUGUGGUGAGUGUGGGGGGGGGGGGGUGGUUUGUGUGUGGGUUGGGGGUGGGGGGUUGUUGGAGAGGGGUUUUUGGAAAGGGGUGGUGUUUUAUGGGGGGUUUUUUUUUUUUGGGUGUUUGUGGUUGUGGGUUGGUUUGGGGGGGUUGUUUGGGAGGGGGGUUUGGUAUGUUUUUGUUUGGGGUGGGGGGGGGGUGGUUAUUGGGAUAAGGUGGUUGAUGUGGGGUGAGUUUGGGGUGGGGAUGGUGUUUGGAGGGAGGUGUUGGGGGGGGGGGGGGGUUUUUAUGGGGUGGGUUUGGUGGGGGGGGGGGGGGGGGGGGUGUAAUGGUUUGUUUGGAGUAGGGGUUUGUAUUUGGAAGGUGGGUUGGGGGGGUUGGUGUGUUGGUGUGGGGUUGGUGUUGGAUGUUGUUUUUUUUAGGUUGGGGUGGUUGGUUUUUGUUGUGUGGUUUGGUGGUGUGGGGGUGGUGUUUUGGGAGUUGGGGGAGGGUGUGGGGGGGGGAGGGGUGUGGGUGGAUGGAAGGUUGUGGGUGGUUUGGGUUUGGGUUUGGGGGUUUAUAUGGGGUUUAGGGGUUUAUAAGUGGGGUGUGUUUGGGGGGUUGGUGAGGUGGGGGGGGGGGGGUUUAAAUUUGUGGUUUUGGGGGGGUUGGGGGGUGGGUUGUUUUGGUGGUUGGGGGAUUUUUGGUUUGGUUUGUGGGUUGGUGGGGGGGGUGGUGUGGGGGGGGUGGGGGGGGGGGGGGUUGUAUAGAGUUAGGGAGAUUAAUAUUUUUGUUUUUGGUGUUUUGUUUUGGGUGGGGUGGUGUGUUUGUGUUUGGUUGGUGUGGUUUGUGGGGGGGUGGGUGGGGGGGGGGGGGGGGGGGGGGGUGAUGGGGUUGGGUUGGGGGGGUUGGGGUGGUUGGGUGGGGUUGGAGGUGGGUUGGGUGUUUUUUUUGGGGUUUUGUGUGGUGGGUGUAUAUUUGGUAUUUUGGGUGUGUUGGUUUGGGGGGUGUUGGGUUUUGGGGGGGGGGUGGGGUGGGGGGGGUGGUGUGGGGUGGGGGGGUGGGGGUUUUGGGUGUGGGGGGUGGGUUGGGGGGGUGGGUGGUUGGGUUGUGUGGGUUUGGUUGUUGGGGGGGGGGGGUGGUUGGGUGUGGGUGGGUGUGGUUUGGUGGGGUGUGUGUGUUGGGGGUGGGGGGUUUGGGGGUGGGGGGGGGGGAUUUUGGAUUAUUGGGGGGGUGGUUUGGAGGGAUGGUGUUUAUGUGUGGGGUUGGGGGGGAUUGGGGGGUUUUGAUAUUAUGGGGGUAGAAUUGGUUUAUAUGUGGGGGUUGGGAGGGAUUUGGUUUGUUGGUGGGGGGGGGUGGUUUGGUUUGGUGGUUGGUGGGUGGGUGGUUGGUGGUUUGUUGGUUGUUUUGGGGUGGGGGUGGGGGUGUGGGGGGGGUGGUUUGGUAUGGGGUGUUGAUUUGUGGGGUUUAGGUUUGUUUGAGGGUGGUGGGGUGUGGGGGGGGUUUGAUGUAGGGUGUGGGGAGUUUGGAUAUGUUUUAGAUGGUGGUGGGUUAGGGGGGGGGGGGGGAAAAGUAGAGGGGGGGGUUUUGGGUGUUUGGGGGUGUUUGGUGGGUAGGGGUGGGUGGGUUUGUGUGUUUUUUGGGGUUUUGUAUGGGGUGGGUAUGGGGGUGGUUGUAGGGGAAGUUUGGAUAGGGGGGGGGGAUUUUGUGGGGGGUAGUGUAUUUUUGAUUUGUGUGGGGGGGGGGGUUAGUUGGUUAUGUUUGAUUUGGUUGUUGGGUUUUUGUGGUGGGGUGGUUUUUAUUGGGGUGGUGGGGGGGGGGGGUUGUUGA